CACGUUACACGGUAGGAAGGUCUCGAGUGUACGGAUUUGGCAUACAACACAAAAACAGAACAGGAGAGGGACAAUAAAUCCCACUCCUCUUUAAACCCCCCCUCUCCCCUGCACUGCAUCUCAUGAGACUCACUCAAUUCUUCUUUCUCUAACUAAAAAUCAAAACCCUUUCCAUUGCAACAAUAAUAACAAAUUAUCAAACCCUGUUUUAUUUUUCUUCUCUCUCUGUCUUGUAUUGUGUUCUGUGUCUGCGUUUGUUUUGAACCAUUUUUCCUCAAGCCAUGGCGGCUGUCCCAGCAUCGCGGACCGAUCCACCACCGGCAAUGGUGGCGCCGCCGCCGUUGUUGGUCUCCGACUCCUUCGCCAAGGAUGCCAUUCUCGCCUGGUUCCGCGGCGAGUUCGCCGCCGCCAACGCCAUCAUCGACUCUCUCUGCGGCCACCUCGCGCACCUCGCCGCUGCAUCCUCCGACUACGACGCCACCUUCACCGCCAUCCACCGCCGCCGCCUCAACUGGAUCCCCGUCAUCCAGAUGCAGAAGUAUCACUCCAUCGCCGACGUCACUCUCGAGCUCCGCAGAGUUGCCGAGAAGAAAACGGAGACCGAAGCCGCGAAGAAAAGCGAGAGCAGCUUCGACGAGGAAGGGAAAUUGGAGAAGCAAGCGGUGGAGAAUGGCGGAAACGACGGUGGUGACGACGAUGCCGCGCCAGUGUAUGAUUCGCCGGACAGUGAAAUUACUGAUUCAGGAUCUCAGGAAAUGCAACCCAAUGUGAUGAACACCAAUAUAUGUUCCAAUCAUGAAGAAUGUGAAGGACGUUCUUCACAGAUAAAGCUGACUAAGGGUUUCACAGCAAAGGAGUCCGUGAAGGGGCACAUGGUGAAUGUUGUAAAAGGAUUAAAGUUGUAUGAGGAUGUUUUCUCUGAAUCAGAAAUCUGCAAGCUGACUGAUUUUGUGAAUGAGAUUCAUGCUGCUGGCCAGAACGGGGAGCUCUCAGGUGAAACUUUUAUACUAUUCAACAAACAGAUGAAGGGAAACAAGAGAGAGCUGAUUCAGUUGGGUGUUCCGAUAUUUGGACAGAUAAAGGACGAUACCAAAAACAACAUAGAGCCGAUUCCAGCACUUCUUCAUGAUGUCAUUGAUCACCUUAUUCAAUGGAAAUUAAUUCCAGAGUACAAAAGGCCAAAUGGUUGUAUAAUCAACUUUUUUGAAGAGGAGGAAUUUUCUCAGCCAUUCCUGAAACCACCACAUUUGGACCAACCUCUAUCCACCCUUCUUCUCUCUGAAUCAACUAUGGCUUUUGGGCGUAUCCUUACGAGUGAAAAUGAUGGGAACUACAAGGGGCCACUCAUGCUCUCAUUGAAGGAGGGGUCUCUUUUAGUGAUGAGAGGAAACAGUGCUGACAUGGCAAGGUACGUAAUGUGUCCAUCCCCUAACAGAAGGGUGAGCAUCACCUUCUUUAGAGUGAGACCAGACUCCAAUCAUUGCCAAUCACCAACUCCUACCAUGACAACUGCGAUGACUCUUUGGCACCCAAGCAUUUCUAGCCCUUUUACUUUGCCAAAGGGACCUCUAAAUGGCUAUGAGGCUAUGGAUAUGAUGCCCCAAUGGGGAUUACUUAGUGCUCCAAUGGUCAUGCUAACUCCUAUGCGCCCUAUGGCAGUAAAUACUCGCAAACUUCCUCGAGGUGGUACUGGGGUUUUCUUGCCUUGGAAGGGAGCAUCCAGAAAACAUACAAGGCAUCUUCCACCGCGCGCUCAAAAAGGACGCCUUAUGGAAUUACCCUCCCCAGUUGAAUCACACAUGGGAGAGUCCACUUCUGAACCCAGCAUUGCUGUUGAAGGAUAGGUAUGAUUUUAGUCUCAAAGCUGCCAUGGGUUUAAAGAGAUGUGAAUUGCCUCGGUUAUUUGAUCUGGACUGUGGAGUAUUUAUUUUGUUGUACAAACGGGCACAGGGAUUGUUAGAAGAGUUUGUUAAAUUCAAUUUUUUUUCUCUCACAUUUCCCCUUUAACUUGCUUUUUAGAUAGAUACCUUAGAAUCUAGUAUGCACAAUAGUUUUUCGUGCGUUCCUAUCAGCUUCAGGGAUUUGGAGAAGUCUUGCUUCCAAAUUUGGAGAAUGUGAAUUAUAAGAAUGGUCAUUUAUAUUUUCAUUUAGAGGUUUAAUUUGAGUCUGCUGUCUGCUGGCUGUUGAAGCUGCUUCAAGACAUAUGAGUAUUAAAAGUGGUUCAGGAUAUGGAAAGCAAUAUUAAUAGAGAAUGGGAGGGGAAGGUAGUAAACAUUCCUCCCUUUUGUGUGCAUGAUCUCUUGAUGGAUUCUGUUUUUCCUUUUCCUCAGCAGAACACCGGAAAAUCAAAUCAUUAUGAGGAUGAAUGGUUAUGAUCGUCUACUUAAUUUGCCAUUAUGAUAUAGGAGGGUUAAUCUUUAUAGUGAAAUAUUUUGACUUUAUAGACUUGUAUAGAUAAUAAGUACCCAUCUCUAAUGUAUUUAUUGUUAAUUUGAAUUAAAGUAACUUAUAAUUAAUAACAGUUUCUACUGAAAUAAAAAGGAUUGCUCUAAAUGCUUCCGG